AUGGCUCCGUCCGCUAUCGAUAUUGAGGCGCCUAUUAGGCACAAAGCGGAGCAUAAACAGCCCCUGAAGUUGUCUGGGGCUCUGGAAGCUUUUGAGUCCUUCGAUGUUACGCCUAUUAUUGGCCGGGAGUUCCCAAAGGCCAAUCUUGUAGACUGGUUGGAUGCGGAAAACUCAGACGAGCUGCUGACAGACCUUGCAAUCACUAUCUCGCAGCGUGGGGUCGUCUUCUUCCGUGCUCAGGAUGCACUUACCAACGACCUCCAGAAGAAACUUAUACUGCGACUCGGAGAACUGACAGGGCGUCCUAAGACCUCCGGCCUUCAUAUUCACCCAAUUCUCAACGACUCGCGAGAGCUGGGUGGAAAUGACAAAGAAAUAUCUACGAUCAGCUCUGUACAGCAUAGCAAACUCUAUAAGCGAGAGACAGUGGAUCAGCUGAGCGCCAAGAAGCAGAAUAGUGCCCAGUGGCACUCCGAUAUUGCUUUCGAGCCAGUGCCAGCUGACUAUACCUCGCUGCGCUUGGUCGAGCUUCCAGAGACUGGUGGCGCUUCUGGGCUCGAGGUGCUAAUAAGAGCAGACACCCUGUGGGCAUCGGGCUAUGAGAUCUAUGAUCGCAUCAGCGAGCCAUAUCAGAAGUUUCUCGAGGGAUUGACCGGCACAUUCGCCCAGCCGUUCUUCAAGGAAGUCGCCGAGAAAGGAGGGUUCGAACUCUAUGAUCAGCCCCGCGGCGCCCCAGAAAACGUCGGAACCGAGCUCAAGGCAAUCCAUCCCAUCGUUCGUACGAAUCCGGUGACUGGCUGGAAGAGCAUUUUCCCAGUGGGAGGCCACGUGAGGCACAUCAACGGCGUAACGCAGGAAGAAAGUGACCAUCUCCUGAAAUGGUUCCUUGACUUGGUUUACAAGAACCACGACCUACAAGUCCGUUUGAAGUGGCAGAAUAAGAAUGACAUCGCGAUCUGGGACAAUCGCAGUGUUUUCCACACGGCAACAUUCGACUACGAUGGCCUAGGCGACCGGUUUGGAAACCGAGCUGUUGGACUCGGAGAGAGACCGUAUCUUGACCCACAGAGCUCGUCCAGGCGUGUCGCGUUAGGUCUGCCUUUUGUGCAGUAG